CAUACUGUAGUCUCCCUUCCUUCUUGCGUCGAAGCCGCAUACCGUGACCCCGUCGAUCUUCUCUGACUUGCUCCUCAUUCACACUCAGCUGACUUUCCGUCAACAAGACUGCUUUCGUCUAACCUUUUCCGCACACUCCAAUCUACCUCCCAGCGAAAUGAUCAACUUCGACAACUUACAACCACUCAUCUACAGAAUCCCAUCACUGGACACAGCAUCAAGAACUCAACCACAACACAACGGAAUCAUCAAGGCAGCCCAGAAGAUUGCAGACGACACAUAAAGUCACACAAUGGCAGCAUCAAGCCGACCUAGGGUAGAAGUGCCAGCCGCUAUGGCGGGUGGCUUCCCAAGCCAGUAUGAGCUUCAAGACUACCGCUCAGGGCAGCAAUCAGGAAUGACUUCAGAAACCGAGACAACAUCAAGCCGGUCGAGUGACAGACCAGCACCCAACAAAGGCAUAUUAAAGCCUGUCAACACAAGAACUGCCCACGACCCCCUUGCAGCACGGUUCUACCGUGUUGGCAGACCAGAACAGAUACAGCACUCGCCCACAUACCCGCCAGUGCAGUACGGGCACGACAACAGCUGGCACCACGACAGCUACGAUAGCUAUCCUGAGAGCGCCUAUGAUCCCGAGACUGACUCUCAAUCUGGAAUAUCAGACCUUUCCAUCAACACACAGGCUACCAGCGUAGCUUCUGAUGAGACUAUCACCGACGAUGGUCGGCCAUCAACUCAGAUCAAACAUGUCCGGCACGUCCCACCACCAACAGUGGCUCGGGUCAAGGCGAGACCACGCACCCGUCCAUCUUCAACCGAGGUGGCCAAAUCCCCACCUCAAAAGCGACAAGUCAACAUCCAGAUAUUCCCUCCGGGGGCAUCUUCUCAAAGCCAAGAGCUCCAGGUAUCCCGCAAGGCCGAACGGGACCUGCUAGACAAGAUCGACGAGCUGGAGCUCGAAGCAGAAAGCCUCCGUGAUGCCCGGGUGCAGCUGAACAAGGAACUGGUAGACGCGACAGACAAGUUGUCGGCACGGGUCUACGACACCAAGGACCUGCAGAAGUCUCUCAGCCACGAACGUAACGCUAAAGAACUUUUGGCUCGUGAGCUUCAGGAGCAGCGCACAAAACUUGAUGAGUACCGAAGCAACUUCAACCUCCAGAAGGGUAUGCUAGAAGAUGCCGAAAAGGAAAGGGACGGACUCAAGGAUGCGCGAGAUGCCCUGGACAGAAAAGUUGGUCAGCUGGAACGAGACAUGACGACAAAAGAGGCACAGCACAAAGAACUGGAGGUCAUCCUGGUACGCAAGGCGGCCGAGCUGGAGCGUUCUUCGAAAUCGUUGAGCAAUACAAUCAGUUCGCAGGAUAAGCAGCUCAAGGCCUUAGAAGCCGAGCGGGAGUCGCUGAAGAAGAACGUUGACGGCCAGGACAAACAACUGCAGGAGCUCAAGAGUCUUACUCAAGAGCGGGACGCAGAAAUCAAGGACAUCACCAAGGAGCGCGACACGUUGAAGUCAGAUAUUGUGAAGCAGAAUAUUUCCUAUGUAGAUGAGAUCAAGAUUCUCACCUCCGAGCGUGACUCUUUGACAAAGGAGCUUGAAGGACAACAGGAGCAGAUGAAGGAGCACAAGGACUUGACUGCCCAGCGAGACUCGCUGAAGACAGAAGUAGAGAAGCUGCAGGAGCAGGUCAAGACCUUGACCGACGAGCAAACAACUUUGAGAGACGAGAAAAAAGGACUGGAGGAGGGCCAAGAGAAGCUCGAGGGCCACGUCAAGGAGGUAGAGGAAGAGAAUGGUAGCCUCCAUACGGAGAUCGACAAUCUAAAGGAAGAGAUUCAAGGUCUCAAAGGCGAUAUUGAAGCCUUUAAGACACAGAUCGAUAAACUCGAGGAGUCUAGGGAAGAGCUUGAGGAGGAGGUCCGGGCCACAAAGGACAAAGCUGCAGAACUCCUUGAGGCAGAAAAACAGAAUGGCCAAAAGCUUGUCGAAGCCGAGAAAUCCAAGCUUGAGGCAGCGGAAAAGCAAGCUGAGUCAGACAAGGCCGAGCUUCAGAUCACUGUCGCUGGUCUGAAGACAGAGCUUGAAGGUGCCAAGGACGCCAACGUCGUCAUCGUCUCCGAGAGGCUUCAGAUCAAGAAUAAGCUCGACGGUGUCAGCGCAAGCUUGACGACAGCUCAGGGUGAGGUCAAGGAUCUUCAAGAUCGUAACACGGCGCUGGAGUCGGAUAUUGCUUCAACCAAGGCCACCAUCACAGACUUGGAGUCCAAGGCCGAGGAACUCAACAAGCUCGCCCAACAGCACAAGGAGCUGGAAGAACGUACCAACAAUCUUCAGGCCGAUAUAGACAAACGUACUGAAGGCGACGCUAUACUCCAAGCUGAGAGAGAGCAGUUGAAAGCAGACAAAGAAGAGCUAGACGCAUUGAAGGAGAAGCUUGAGGAUGCCUCAGCCGUUACCAAGCUCACCGAGGAGAAGGAGACGCUCGAGGCUCGCACCAAGGACCUCGAGGCACAGGCUGACGCGCUCAAGGCAGAGGAGACGAAGCUAAAAGCCGAGAUCGAGUCGCUCAAGGCGGAAGCAGACAAGGUGCCCGCGCUCACUCAACAGCAUCAAGCGAUCAGCACACAGCUGAGUGCCCUCACGCAGCAACUGGAGCAGGCUCGGGCGGUGAGUGACGCAGCUGCUGGCCAGGUGCGCGACUUGCAGGCCCAGGUCAACAAGCUGCAGUCCAGGCCCAAAUCGAGGAGCGGUUCCCGCUCAAAGAAGCACGAUCGCUCCCGGUCGCAGGGCUUGGUGUUCGUACGAAACCCCUUUGACAAAGGCGCGGGGCUCUUCGUCACUACGCGGGAGGCACUAAAAGCCGGUGAUCAGGGUUGAUGUUGACAAGUGAUGGCCCUUUGGGCUUAUUCUUUCCUAUUUUUUCUCCUUUUCUUCUUCUUACUUUCU